AGCCACACCCUUACCUGUGUGCUGUCUGCACCUAGUUUUCUUUAUACACACAGAGAGACUGCAGAGGCAGGCAACAGGGUUUCAAUAGUGGGGCAAUGGUCAGAAAGAAAUUGUUUUAGUCCUUCUGCACAAAUUUCUCACUGAGAAUGACAGAACAGGAAUCAUGAUCAACACAGGACCAGAAGAAGGAGAUAGAGAAGGGGGAGGAGGCGACAACACAGACAAUACCUGCGAAAACGAGAAGAGCCAGAGUUGGAUCCCCAAAACCAUCAAGAAAAGAGUGUGCAGCACCUUUGUAGAAGAUUCUGUCAGUAAUGGUGCAUUGUGUCAGUGUGGGGCUGCGAGAAAUGACCAUGCCUCUGUGGCUCUUGGAGACUAUUUCAGCACUGCAAUUGUGAACCACUGGGAAAGCGUGCAGCACUCCUCUGAACAACCAACUGAUGCAUUUGGAGAGGUGCAAUUUGCAGGAGCCAGCAAGAGGACCAGCUAUUUCCUGCGCCUGUCAUGGAGCACUGAGCCUUCUUUGGUGUACAACAUAUUGACAACCCAUUGGGGUCUUCCUGCACCCAACCUGGUUGUUUCUGUUGUGGGUGGAAAUAGCAGGACACAGAUAAAGACCUGGGUACGGGAGAUCCUCAGACAGGGACUGGUGAAAGCGUCACAAAGCACAGGUGCAUGGAUAUUAACUACAGGUCUGCGCGAAAGGCUUGGUCGGUGUGUUGGACAGGCAGUGAGAGAUCAUGCAGCUGCGGCAUCUUCGGUCUCUCUCAACAAGGUGGUAGCGUUGGGGAUUGCUCCGUGGGGCGUAGUGGAAAAACGAGAGCAGCUGGUCAACCCUCAGGGAAGCUUUCCUGUAAGGUACUAUGUCCAAAACAUAUCACGGGAGUCCUGCUCACUGGACAACAACUACCAGGCCUUCCUGCUGGUGGAUGAUGGGAGUGUGGGUCGCAGAGGAGGAGAGAUGGGUUUCAGAGCCAGACUGGAGGAAUACAUUUCCCACCAGCGCACAGGCAUAUUAGGAAGUGGCAGCAUUGACAUCCCUGUUGUUUGUAUGCUGAUAUCAGGGGAUGCAGACAUGCUAAAGAGAAUGGAUCUCUCUCUGAAAAACUCCAUCCCCUGGCUGGUUCUGGCUGGCUCAGGGGGCUUGGCUGAUUUCCUGAGUGAUGUCUUGGAGAACCUGUCUUCAACUCCAGCUGUGCCGUCCUCUGGUGAAGGCAACAGUGAGGCGGGUCCCAGCGUGGAUCUUAAAGACAGAGUGGCAGAACGGUUUAAGAAGCAUUUUCCUUCAGAAAUACAAACUGACAAACUAGUUGAACAGGCUUUUAGCAUUUACCAGAAUAGAGGUUUGAUUAUGGUCUACCACGGAGAGCACGAGAGUCCAAAUGACUUUGACACUGUCCUGCUUAAAACACUUGUGGGAGCAAGUAAGCAGCGCGCAUUAGUUGAGGCCAACCCUUAUAGUGAUGAGCUGAAGUUAGCAGUAACGUGGAACAGGGUUGACAUUGCCAAGAGUGAACUGUUCAAUGGUGACAUCCAGUGGAAGUACGAAGAUUUGGAAGACUCAAUGACAGAUGCGCUGAUCAAUGACAAACCCCAGUUUGUUCGGCUUUUCGCUGAGAAUGGUUUGAACAUUGUGGACUACUUAAACUAUGGCAGGCUGGAAAGCCUCUAUCGCUCUGCACCAGAUGGGACCUUGCUCUAUCAGCUACUACAGCACUGCCUAGAGGAACGGCUGGGAAAUAUGGCAUCUGCACAACCAUCAUCAGAACAACAGGGUCUUUCCUCAAAGGUGGUGGCAGAUAACAAUGAGAGCAGACCAAGGAGGAAGUUUACCCUUUUUGAGGUGUCAGGGGUGCUGAAACACUUAAUGGGUGAUGCCUGCCAGCCUUUCUACUAUAAAGCUUUAGGCUUACAGUCAUCUUCAUUCAAAAGGACAGCCAUGAAGCGUGCCACUAAGAUUCUGCAUGGAGGUUCCAAAUAUCACCAGCAGCGCUGCCCCCAUCCCUGGGCUUCACUCUUCCUCUGGGCUGUACUGCAGAACCGCAGUGAGAUGGCCCUUUUCUUCUGGGAGAUGGCAGGUGAGGCAGUCCUGAGUGCUCUUGGUGGCUGUAAGAUACUCAGAGAACUGUCCAAACGGGAGGAUGAGACUGAAACCAAACUUUCCAUGAAAGAACUGGCGCAGAAGUUUGAGAACCUGGCUCAUGAUAUUUUCAGCUCUUGCUAUCGGAGUGAUGAAAACCGUUCUUUCAGCCUGCUGAUUAGAAAGUCUCAUUUCUGGGGUCACAGCACCUGUCUUCAGAUGGGUGUGAGCGCUGAUGCUCGGCUUUUCUUCAGUAAUGAUGGCGUACAGUCUCUGCUGUCCCAGAUCUGGUGGGGUGAUAUGAAGAGGAACACAGAGAUUUGGAAGCUUCUGCUCGCAUUCUUCUGCCCCAUCCUCUGCUACACCAACCUCAUCUCUUUCAGGAAUCAAUACGAUCAGCAAGAGGAGGAGAGGAUGCUUUUUGAGGAUGAGCUGGAUCAGGACAAUGACAGUCUUUAUGGGACCACUGUCUUCUCUUUCACUGACAUCAAGCAGCAUGAAGUUGACUCAGAAGGUCAAAAGAGUGAUGCCAUUAAAGGCGUACCCCAACGACCACCACAAAGUCCAUUCAUAGUGUCACGCUGGCGUCAGUUCUGGUAUGCACCGGUCACCUCAUUUCUGGGCAACGUCCUGAUGUACUUCCUGUUUCUCUUGCUUUUCGCCUACGUGCUGUUGGUGGAUUUCAAGCCCCCACCCCCCUCAGGUCCAGCUGCCACUGAGUGUGUGUUGUACUUCUGGGUAUUCACGCUCGUUUGUGAGGAGAUCCGACAGACACUUUUUUUGGGGACGACCUGGACUCAAAGUUUCAGACUCUACAUUCAGGAUGUGUGGAAUAAAUGUGAUCUCACUGCCAUCAGCCUGUUCAUUGUCGGACUGAUUUGCAGGAUGUUUCACCGGUCACAUGAAUUUGGCCGAGAUGUCCUUUGUUUGGACUACAUGGUCUUCACCAUUCGCCUCAUUCACAUUUUUGCCAUUCACAAGCAGUUGGGACCAAAACUUAUCAUUGUAGGAAAUAUGAUGAAGGAUGUCUUCUUCUUCCUCUUCUUCCUGGGUGUGUGGGUCUUGGCGUACGGAGUUGCCAAUCAGGCUCUGAUCUACACCUACGACCCAAACCCGAAUCGCAUUUUUCUGAGAGUUUUCUACAUGCCAUACUUGCACAUCUUUGGAUACGGCUCUUCCAUCGAGGAAGAGAUGGAUGUGGGCCGGGAACUAAACUGCACAGACAAUGUGACUUUGAUUGAGAGCGGUGAAGAGCCGUGUAAAAAUCAGGAGAGUAACUGGCUUGUAGUGAUUCUGCUAGUCGUAUAUCUCCUGGUCACCAACAUCCUGCUCAUCAACCUAGUCAUUGCCAUGUUUAGCUACACUUUCUCUGAAGUGCAGGAACACAGUGACACCUACUGGAAGUUCCAGCGUUACAACCUGAUUGUCGAGUACCACUCCCGUCCUUCUUUGGCUCCUCCUUUCAUUAUCCUCUCACACAUCAAAGUCUUUAUCAAGAGGAUCAUCCACAAAGUGCCCUCUGUAAAGAUCCACCACUUUGUGUUAGACUUGGAACCAAAGGCAGCUAACAGAUUAUCAACGUGGGAAACGAUUCAGAAGGAAGACUUCCUGACUGCUCGAAACAAGAUCCAGAAAAGCAGCGACUCAGAAAGACUCAAACGGAUGUCUGCCAAGGUAGAUGAUGUGCUUAAACGUCUGACUGAAAGCAAAGAGUUUGAACACAGACUACAGGCUCAGAUGGAGCAUUACUCAACUGUCCUCAACUGGGUUGUGGAUACUUUAGCACAAGGAAGUACAGUCAAACCUCCUCGUCCCCCACCUGCAUUACGAGAUUCCCUCCCAUCGUCUUCCAAAUCAACUGGAUUUCAGCCUUAAAUAAAAGAGGUUCCUUUCAAUUCACUUCACUUUAGGAGGCAAAAAAAAGGAAAGAGGCACGUUCUCAUUUGACAGCUUCCACCACCACGAUCCUCCCUCAACUGUUACAUUAGAAUAUAAACAUGGAUACAGUGCCAGAUACUGCAAUAUAUUAAUAUAUGAUAUACUACUAUAUAUGUAGUAUAUCAUAAAUAUAUUGCAGUAAGUAGGCAGAUAACAUGACAUCUUCAUUGCUUUCGUUUUGAAAGCGCUUACUAAAUCUUUUACAUUGUAGUCGGAUUUUCUGUGAUGUUGUCUAUCAGGGGUUAUAUUAAGCGCACAUUAAUACUUUCUUUUGUUCCGUUACACUGCAAAUAUGGGCCGUAUUUUUGUCUGCAUUAUUGUUUUCUAUUUAAUCAAGUUUUUAUGCAGUAUAAUACAUUUAUUUUUAGUAUGAGAACAAAAGAAUUUGUUGCUGAGAGUUUGGUUAAAAAAGCAUGCCACAACUCAUGUGGUAUGUCUUUUGGACAAAUGAGACCAAAGUAUUGAUAUUUUGAUUAUUUAAAUAAUUUCAGAGAUUUAUUUUAUUAGAUCAUUAUCUAGUUAUUAUGUUGUUGUAGAGAAAUUCUUAGAAGUGAAAGAUGUGUGCCUGUUUCACGUGACUGCACUAUACAAAAAAGGUUCCUUCUCUUGUCUAAUUCUUGGCACAAAAUCAAAGUGCAGAGUGAGCAAACACAUUCCAGACAGUGUCAGGCCUGUCUGGUUACGUAACUUGUAACACCAGCCCUACAAGUUAUGUAAGAAAAGAAACCAAGGGUAAAAUGUAGGUUUCUUUCGAAUUCACGUUUUAUGCAGAUGACACAAUUAUCUAUUGUUCGUCUACUCGAUUAGUACAAACACUUGAAUUCCUUUAGGCAGUCUUAGAUGUUGUUCAGUCUCAUUAAACUUACUUUGUUUCAUUUUCCCUUUCCUUCCCUUUUUGCAUAACUGUGAUCUGCUCUUUUAAAACCUACCAGGGCAGCACCUAAAGAGGCUGUAUACUGUUUGUUAUUGUGCUUUAUGUUUUAUCACUAGUUGCGAAAAUUAUGUACAUCACUGUUCUCUGUAUGCUGCUGCUAAGUGGCCAUUUCUGAAUAUCCCCUUCUCUGUAUAUAAUUGUUUUUUAAUCUAGAAAUGUCUGGUCGAGGGCACCAGUUUAGGUCACCGAGAUGAGCAGGUGACCAUAUGCCAUAUGGCUGAAAGCACCUGGGCUGGGAUCAAAUCUGACCUGCAGCGCUUUGCCACGUCUUCCCCUUACUCUGCUUUCCUGUAACUCUUCACUGCACCUAUCUAAUAAAGCCAGAAAAAAGCCAUGUGUCUGUAUAUGUAAAAACCACAACCAGUCUACGCUUUCACAAUAUUAUACAAAUGUUUGUCUCCAGGGUCAGAAUGGAGUUGUGAAAAGACAUUUUAAAAUAUCCUGUCCCCUUUGUGCUGCAAUAAUCUACAUAAGAAGUUCAGACUGUCACAACUGAUUAUCAGACUCGUGAUGGGGGAGUUUAAGUCCAUUUUAAAAAAUGUGUGAGAAGUGUGAGCUCUUUGGGCCAGUUUGACUGCUUUUAAUACCACUCUUGUAAUAAUGUUUGCUUUUUUGUGUUCACCUGUCUGGACUGGACUGCAUUAGCUUUUUCUUUGUGCAUUUGCUGAAACUUCUGCUCUGCUCUUUGCCAGGUAUGUCUUUAAAAACAGAUUAAAUCUCAGUGAGACUUGAAUGAAUAAAGAAUAAUAAUAAAAAAAUA